AUGUUGAAACAAUCACCUAGUAAAAAUCAGAGGACAAAAGGAUUCAAGGUGAAGCAUGCAAUACAAAUAUGUCUUUUACUUGCCAUUUGCAUCUGGUUGCUUUUCCAAGUCAAACCUUCCCAUGAAAAGAAGACAGCGUAUGAGGAGAGCUCCAAAAAGACACCUGAAAUCAUAAAAUCUGGGAGGAAGGACCUUCAUCCACGAGUAGAUGAAACAACUUUGGAAAUCGAAGGAAAAGAAGAAUUUGAAGAAGAUGUAGAAGAUGGUAAACCAGAAGAAGGUGAGGAUGAAGGAAGAGGCGAUGGAGAUAAUGAAAUAGAUGGACAUGAUCAAGAGAGAAUCGAAGAGGAAGAAUUUGAGGAAGCAGAGGAUGUAGUUGAUGAAGAAGAUAGGGAAAGGGAAGAGAGAAGUGAAGAAAUAGAUGGUGAAGGGAAAGAAACUCAAAUUGAUGAUAUGAGCUUUUCUGAAGAUCAAGCCCAAACUGAAGGUGAAAGAAAUACCCUUGAGGUAAGGAACGAACAUUACCAAAGUGAUAAUGCCUCCAGUGGUGUGGUUCAGAACACUCAAACUAUGAGCACUGAAUUUGAAAUUGGAGUUUUGAGAAAAGUGAAAGAGCAACAAGUAGAGAAUGCAGAAAAGAUUGAAGUAGAGUCGAAAAAUGAACUGAAUAUCACGCUACAAACUAUGGUUAAUGUAAAAGACUUAGACCCUGAGUUGAGUAAUAGUGUGAGAGUAGAAAAUGGUGCUUUUCACGAUGAUGUUCAUGGUGAAGAAAAAGGUUCUGUAUUUGGUUUUGGUGAGCAGGCAAAUAUCAAACAAAAAGGGCACAGUGAUUCACCAUUGAUUUUGAUGGAAACCCAUGGAUCUUCGAAUGGAAUGGAUACAUUGCCAAAGUUGACUCAAGUCAUUGAUAUAACCUCUAAUGGAAGGCAAUUAUUCUUGCAAGUUGUUUCAGAGGAGCAAAAUAAAAGCCCCAAGGCUGAAAAUCAGCAAAUGGAUGUCAAUUUUAGUCUUUCCAAUAAGGAAAUGGCAGCAUUAAGCGGUUCUUAG